AUAUUAUAACAGAUGAAAUGCGUGACCCCUGUGUCAAUCAGGCUUGUACAGAAAACUACUGGAACAAAGAAUAUCUGAAUCGGGGUCACUUAUUUCCCCAUUCCCAUACAGCUGAUGAAGACACUAGCAAAUCUACAUUCACACUGACCAAUAUUGUGCCACAGAAGAUAAGCUUUAAUGGUGGAAGCUGGAAUAACAUGGAGAAUAAAGUUAAAGCCAUCAUGGAUUUUUACUGCAGGGAUGAAAAAGACAGUAAUAAGGUAUUGGCCUAUGUGCUGACAGGAGCUGUACCAGGCCAAAACAAACUGAAUGAAAAAGUUAACAUUCCCUCACACAUGUGGACAGCAUUCUGCUGCUAUAACAGUGUUGAGAAAAAAUGGGAGUCCCAAGCUCACUGGGCAGAAAACGUAGACGAGAGCGAAGAAAACCCCAAAGUUAUCAGUAAACAGAGUCUACAGGCUUUGCAGGAGUUUCUAAAGAAAAAGUAUAAUAAAGAAUACACACUGUUUAAAGGUGACUGUUCAACACUUUUAAAAGAAGAUGAUAGUCAACUUCCUAAAGAAAAUAGUGAUGACCAGCAAAAUGAUGAGGAAAUAUCUUAUUGGUCAUACAUUACUGAAUUGCCAGCAAAAGUUUUGGCCUGGGUUUGUGGCUAAGUCAUGCCCUGUUAAGCUAGUCUAAAUGUGAAGAUGUCAUGAAAUAACAACAGUUACAGAUUUCUUUUAUUAACACAGCCACUGUCUACUGUAUGUGACAUAUAACCAAAA